AUGGGAACUGCCGUCGACCAGGAGGUUAUCAGGUUCACAAAGGCUAUCAGCGCUUGCGGCAGGGCUUCGAGGUGGCAGGAAGCAUGCAGCCUCCUCGAAGAGAUGCAAGUGAAGUCGGUGUGGGGAAACACCUUCACUUACAACGCGGCCAUUGGUGCUUUGGGAAAGGGUCGGCAAUGGCAAAAAGCUCUGGGCCUUUUCUACGGUCUUCAAGCCGCGACCGUGGACAAGGAUCUGGUCUCCUACAACACCGCCAUCAAUGCAUGCAAAGACGCCGGGAGAUGGGCCGCGGCUUUGUCCCUGCUCUCCGAAGUGCUCUCCUGUGGCCUUCAAGCAGACCUCAUCACUUUCAAUGCUGCCAUCGGUGCUUGCGAGAAGUCGGGGCAGUGGCAGCCCGCCUUGCAACUGCUUCAAGCUUUAGAGGAUCGCAAGCUCGUACCCCAGGCCAUGACUUGGGUUGGGCUCAUCAGCGCUUGCAGCCGUGCAGGGCUCUGGAUGGAGGCUCUUGGCUAUUUGUCUCGGCACUUGACCGACGAGCCGCAGUCUCCCAGCGCCAUCGUGUACAGCGUGACCAUCAGCGCCUGCGACAAGGCCGGCCAGUGGCAGCAGGCACUGUCAUUGCUGACGCAGUUGGAGCAGCAAAGCUUGGAGAAGAACGUGGUGUGCCAAAACGCGGCGAUGAGUGCUUGCGUCAAGUGCACCAUGUGGCCGCUGGCUGUGCAGCUGUUCGCGGAUCUCAAAGCUAAAGCGAGCGUGGUGUCUUACAACACUGCCAUCGCUGCCUAUGAUCGUGGAGGCCAGUGGCACAUCGCGCUGGCCAUCUUUGCCGAGCUGUUGACCAGCCGGGCACAGCCAGAUCUCGUGUCCUUCAACACUGCAAUUAAUGCAUGCAAGGAGGGCCACGCUGCUGAAGCGAGAUUGCUCUACAUGCAGCUCCGAGAAUUCAAGCUGAAGGCAGAUGCCAUCACUUGCACGUCCUUGAUCACCGCCUGUGCGUCUGAAUGGCGACAUGCGCUGGCCUUCCUGGCAGAGUUCUACAGCACCAGAAGCCCUGAUGUCUUCACAACCAGCGCUGCUGUGAGUGCCUGCGCAGAGGGCCUGGAAUGGAAGAGGUCUUUGCAGCUCUUCGCGGACUUUCAGGAGUCGGGCGCGGAGGCCAACAUCGUGUUGUACAACGCCGCGAUCAGCGCGGCGGCCCGUGUGCGCCACUGGCGCGGGGCACUGGCCCUCAUGCUGGACCUUCGUCGCGCCGAUUUAGGGCCGAACGAGGAAUCUGUGGAGACCUGCAGCCAGUGCGGAGCCAGUAUGGUGCUUCGCCGGAAGUAUGUCGUCCAGAAGGUGCAGCCUCCCUGCGACGCAUGCAUGGGGAAAGGCUCCACAGAGGCCUGGCGACUUUUCGGCUCCGGGGAGCAGACACCCUGCAAACAGUGUGACGGAUCCGGGCUUUCGCCUGAGGUGGAAGAGAAGGCGGUUGCAGCGUGGGAGGAGGUAAAUCCUCACAAGUGCACCUACACACGGGAAGUGGCGAUGAGACACACGAUCACCACCGCCGGCGACGUGCACCGGUGCGCCAUGGACGUGUGGAACUGUGCCAGCUGCCAAGGGUGCCUCGGGCCUUGUGGCUUGGAGGUGACAUUCAGCGCCGCGAUCUCUGCAUGCUCAGAUCCCGGCUUGUGGCGCUGGGCCCUCUGCCUCUUCGAGCAUAGCCGAGGAACGGCCACGGGAGCCAACACCGUGGUGUACACUGCAACUAUGUCAGCCUGCGCCCAGCAGUCACUUUGGCGACACUCAUUGGUUCUGGCUUGCGAAAUGAUUACGGAUGGCUUGCCACUGGAUACCAGUGCAUACAACUCCCUUAUCACCGCGUUCACUGCAGGCGAGCAGUGGCAGCGCUCCCUUGACCUCUUCGGCGACAUGCGUAGCAUGGACUUGCAGGCUGAUGGCGUGUCCUACGGAGCUGCCAUCAAAGCCUGCGAGAAUGGUCAGCACUGGGAGCUCGCACUCAGCUUGCUGGCAGAGUCGGAAGCAAGGUCCUUCCAGCCAGACCUGAUCGCCUGCAGCGCUGCGCUGAGUGCCUGCGAGAAAGGAGCGCAGUGGGAGUCAGCCUUGGGGCUGCUCUCGGAGAUGGCCGAGAGGGAGCUGGCCAUGGACGUGGUUGCCUGCUCCGCGGCGAUCAGUGCCUGUGAAAAGAACAGCCGCUGGCAGGAGGGACUGCAACUGCUAUCCAACUUCCAGUACAGCUACGGGGAAGGCGAUCGCAUCAGCUACAACGCGCUCAUCAGCGCUUGCUGCAAGGGUUUAGUGGCAAGCAUAGCCCUCGAGCUUCUGGAGGAAAUGGACCACCUGUGGACAAGGCCGGAUGGUGUCACGUUUGAUGUCACGAUCCGUGCGCUCGCCGACCUCGCUAAAUGGCAACGUGCACUCACCCUCUUCGAGGAGAUGGUCUCCAGGGACGUGCAGGCCGAUGCCAUCGCCUUGAGCGCGGCCAUAGCAGCGUGUGAGAAUGCCGCGAGGCAGCCUUCUGGCCUGCUGCCACUGUUCUCGGGCUUGGAAGAAGGUGGGCUCCACGCGAUCCACUGCGGCUUUCGUGCGACCGAGGAGAAAAGAGAGCGGGGUCGGCGGGUCGUAAGGGACUCGCCCAUCAUCAACGUGCGCUUGGCUAUCGGGGCUUCUUUUGGCUUCGUGAGGCUCGCAGAUGCCAGGCUGGCAAGCACUGCGGUCGCGAUGGAGGAGAUUGUGGUGCACGGGAGGAAGGUGCUCAUUUGCCGGCCAAGCAGCUUCAAGCACGAUGAGGGCGUGGAGGAGCCGUUGGACUUGAAAAGAGCUGUGCUGAAGCCGCCACCACCUCCAAUGCAACCGCCGCCCGCGCCGAAGGAGGAGAGUCAGGCGAUCUUGGACGUCUCUCCGCCUCCACCUCCGAUGGUGCCAUCGACAGGGCCACAAUCAAACUGCCGACUGUGGAUUGGCAACCUCCCGAGCCGCCAUACCCUGAGCCAGCUCAGCGACGACGAAGAUGACGGGCAGAACGGGCAGCCGAGCUCCAAGGAGACCCGCCUCUUGCGGCACCUGGACCGUCACGUGGCUGGCCUGGCCAUGUCUUUGCCCGGCUACGAUCUGGAAGAAG